AAAAAAAGAGUUCUCGACGGGAGGAGGCGAAAAAGAGGUGAAGUGAAGAUGGCGAGAGGCUCCCGGUGUUUGAGGAGAGCGGUGGCGGAAUGUAUCAGAAACUUACCUUCCACAACCAGUCGAGAAACACCGGGCAGGAAUGGAGUGAGAUAUCUGUCUUCAUGUGGAAUUCUGAUGACCAGAGUGCCGCCCCUCUUCAGGGCUGUGUCAGGUCGUGCUGUGGUUGCUCCUGCCAGGAGCUUCUUCAACUUCUCAGAGUCCUUCAACAAGAGGAAGGAGUACUCUGAAAGACGUAUUAUUGGGUACUCAAUGCAGGAAAUGUAUGAAGUUGUGGCCAAGGUAGAAGACUACCUGCUGUUCGUGCCCUGGUGCAAGCGUUCAGACGUUGUAUUCCGCCGCACGGGAUUUUGCAAGGCCAAGCUGACUGUGGGCUUCCCUCCUGUGGUAGAAAACUACACCUCUCUCAUUACUACAGUCCGCCCUCAUUUGGUUAAGGCAUCUUGCUCUGAUGGAAAACUUUUCAAUAGCCUUGAGACGGUGUGGCGCUUCAGUCCUGGUCUUCCUGGCUACCCCCGUACAUGCACCCUUGACUUUGCUAUUUCCUUUGAGUUCCGCUCACUCCUGCAUUCUCAGUUGGCCACCGUUUUCUUCGACGAGGUCGUGAAGCAGAUGGUGUCAGCCUUCGAGCGGCGGGCGUCCAAGCAGUUUGGCCCAGAGACACAGAUCCCACGUGAACUCAUGUUCCAUGAGAUCCACCACACGUAGUUCAUUCCUCAGCUUCAGACGGAUGGGGAGGGGGUGUCUUUCAGGGAACUGGGGGUUUUAUUGAACGCAUACAUUUAAAGUAUUAUAAAGACAGUCGAGAGAGCGGGAAAGCUGUGUGCCUGAAUAUCGUCAGUGCCUGGUCCAAACAAAACAGUUGAUUUAAAACAUUUUAUGCUAAAAAACAUGGCUGGAUCUUUUUAUGGGGGGCUUGAUUGUCCCCACUGAGCCCUGCCCCACUACCUCCAUUUUAACUUUUUUAAAACCCGCUGUCAAUAUGGCGCCAGGAGCCGUAUUUUUUAUAUGAGGACCUUGACAUGGUUUUAAAAACAGCUGCCAAAAAACAUAAUGGCUUCAUGAAUGGCACAGUAGACAAAGGUCAUGGGUUUCUUCGAAAAGACAUUAUUUUGAGGUAUUUGAAAGUGCAUUAUGGAAAGAUUGUCCCUCACGUUACACAGUUUAUGUGACAGGUGAGUGAUGUAUUUAUUUAAAAGCUUGUAGGUGAUCCUUUUAAGAUUUCAAGAAAGGGACGAGGAGACUCGACUUGAGUGCAUACGUCACGUGCAGAAGACUGACAGUUACUGCAGGCAAAUGCACAUAAAGCGCUAUCAGGGUAUCAAGGCUGCACACCGGACUCAGGUCUGUUGUAUUCUUGCAUACCAGCACAAAUAAAGGCUUGGAAAAACAAACGCUAAGAGGCUGACAAAAAAACACACUGCCUUGCGUUAUACAAACUUGUGCAGUUUAUUUCUGGCGGUGGCGCUCCAGUUCACUCCUCUGAUGGAAGUGAAGUCUCCUGAUUUUAAGUGUCCAUACUAAAGACUGCUUUUCUCUCCUUGAGGUGUGCAAUAUAUUUGUAUGUGGUUUUUAAGACUGCUCACCCAUCUAUGAUAUCCACUGCUUUUAAAAGGGCCCAAACUCUGGGAACAGAGAGCGUACCGAAUCUUUCCCAGAGCUCUCGUCAGAUUGUAGUGAGGUAUCCGUCGCCACCGACCUUUAAAGAUUCCAAUCCACACCCUGCUCACAUCAUCAUAAUUACUGCUUUUUUACAGAGAAAGUUACAUAUUAUUUAUCCUUAUCUUAAAUACAUGUAUGCGUGUAAUCCGUGUAUCCUAUAUUUAUUUUGGUUAUGGGUUAACCACGUGUACAUAUCUGAUGUAAGACCACAGACUAAACUUUAGUGCGCAACUGAGCUACAAAAAAAAACAAAAGAAUAAUCUUUUUAUUU